AAUGGCUGCCGCAAAUGUCUGAGAUUUUAAUUUUGUGCAAGUUUGGACGCGAAAUUCAACAAAGUGAAAGCGUUUGACGGUAUAUUAUCGAACUAUGGAGUUCGCAGAGUUCAUAAAAAUCCCAAUGGUCGAUAAAGUGACCCUUGUUCGGCCAGGAUUCUCCCGUGUUGUAGGAACUUUGUGUAUCACUGGACAUCACCUGCUUUUCUCAUCUCGUAUGCAGGACAGCGAGGAACUGAUGCUGCUACACAGCAAUGUGGAAAGCGUUGAUCGGAGGAGUUCUGGUCAAGAAGCCAUUCUCGUGAUUGGUUGCAAGAAUUUUGAUGUGUUUCAACUGAUUUUUCCAUUCCCUGAAGAUGCUCAAAAAGUUCAGGCAUCCAUUGAACCUUUAUCUGUUGUUGAAACCCUCAGUGUAGCCUACCCAUUCUUCUACCAAGCAACAACUGCCGAAUCAAAAAUGGAAAAUGGCUGGGAUCUUUUUGGUAUAGACACAUAUUACAUGAAAAUUGUUCAGAAAACUGAAAACUGGCGAUUGUCUUCGGUCAAUAAGGAUUACAAGGUUUGUCCAACCUACCCUUCCAGGGUCUUAGUUCCAAGAAAAAUCUCUGAUGAAGUCCUGAAGAAGUCUGCAGCCUUUCGUCAGCAUGGCCGCUUUCCCGUCUUAUGCUAUGUUCAUGGUGUUAAGAAGAGUUGUUUGCUGCGGAGUUCCCAACCGGCGUCGGGCAUAACGAUGAGAAGGUGCAAAGAAGAUGAAAAACUGUUGAAUGAAACAUUAAGUCCUGAUAGCAAAGGUCUUAUACUUGAUACCAGGCCAGCCACAUCGAUAUAUAACAGCCGAAGUAAAGGUUUUGGUAUUGAACCAGAUUCAAAUUAUCCACAAUGGAGGAAAUUUUACGGAAAUCUGGCAAGGCACAAGGAAUUUACGGAUAUGUUUCAUAAAUACGUGGAAGCGUGUAUUGACAGCGAAUCAUCAACGAGCACGUGGCUGUCGAAACUUGAGUCCAGCGGUUGGCUCAGACAGUUGCAUCUGAUUAUCAGUGCUGGUAACGUUGUUGCUGCAAAUCUACACAAAGGUGCAACAGUUCUUAUCCACGGUGGGAGUGGCAAAGACACCACCUUGAUUGUCAGUUCCUUCGCCCAGGUACUCCUGGACCCACAAUGCCGCACCGUGCAAGGUUUCAAAAGUUUAAUAGUCCGUGAAUGGCUAUCGGCCGGGCACCCGUUCAGAGAACGCUGUAUUAAACUGGGUACUUCUAACAUGAAGUACAAGGGACAAUCUCCGACCUUUCUCAUGUUCCUUGACGCAGUUUACCAGGUUAUGCAACAGUACCAAUGUUCGUUUGAGUUUAACGAUAAAUUCCUUCAAACACUUUUUGAAAAUGCUUACAGUUCUAACUACGGAACGUUUCUGGGAAACUGCGAACAUGACCGGGAGAAAAAUGGCGUUCGGGAGAAAACAGUCAGUCUAUGGAACUAUUUGAAUGAUCCUGAGAUAUUGAAACCAAUGCUGAAUCCUGUUUAUGAAUUAAAUGCGUCCGUUUUGAGCCCUUCGGCCGCCUCGCAAACGUUGUCAGUGUGGUCGGGCAUAUUCCUACGAGGUCAGGUCGAUCCCAGGAUUGAUAGCGAAAUUUGGGACGAAGUCAGGAAAAUUCAAACACAGAAUAAGGAAUUGAAAACCAAAGCUCUCGAACUAAGAAGACAAUACGUUGAACUUCAAGCCAAGGUCAGAGCUAAGUUAAAAAUGGAUCGCAGACCACAAGCGACGGCUUGAA